ACAGAUACAACUUUUGGUUGCUUAUUACAAAUGCCAUACGAUUUUAGAUCUCUUGUUUCUCGAGUUGAAACAACAUGACAAAUAGCAAUAGAAAUAAAUAAAAUUUCUGCAAAUUUACAUGCCUACAUAACGGUAUGUGGAAAACUCUUUAGUACUCAUUCAAUGAGCAGAACUAAGAGAGUACGGUUGUGGCAGGAAAAGGAACUGCAUAGAAAAAAAUACGAUUCUCAUGGCGAGCCGAAGUGUUGAUGCGAUAAAUCGUAGACGAAAGGAAAAGAAAACGGAUUAUUUUGCAAUUAAAAAUUUGUAAGAAAAUAUUUGUGAAUUGUGAAGUAUGUGAGAAGAUUAAUCUUCAGCCGAAUAAAGUGAAAAGUGGAUAUUUGCAUUAACAUAAGUGUAACACAGACACUGCUGGCACUUAAUAGAAAAUUUACGAAUUCUGCACAACGCCCCCACUCCUUGACACAUUUCCAAUACUAACGGUAUAUCCUAUCAGCCACCAAACACAAAGUAAGCAGCUAAAGCAAAAAACAACACAAAGCGUCUUUCAAUAAGCUCCGCAACACAACUUGAACAACCGGAAAAUGCGUAGUCGCACAGAACUGGUGACCACCACUUUCGAGGACUCCGAGGAGGAUUACAGUGAGGACGAUGAUGACUCUGAGGAGGAUUGGCGCCCGGCCGCCUCAUCAUCGGCCAAUAAAAAUGGCAAAAAGCAAAAACAAAGUCGUGUUGGUGCCGCAGCAGCUGGCGGCGGUGGUGCAAGCAGCAUCACCGGUGGCGGCAAUGCCAAACGUGGUCGAAAGCGUAAAGGCGCUACGAAUGUGGGUGGUGGUAAGCAACAAACAGUGGUGGCUAAACGUAAAGCGCCCAGUGCUGCAUACGAAGAAAGUGAUGAAGAUGAUGAUGAGGAUAAUGAUGAUGAUAUCGAUGAGGAUGAAGAUGCUGUGUUGAAUGAGGAGUUGAGUGAUGAUGAGCUGGACGAUUAUGAGGAUUACGAGGCGCAAGCAACGACUGGUGCCGCAAACGUGGCGGUAACUGCAAAGAAGAGUGGUGGUGGUGGUAGUGUUGCAGCAGCAGCAGCUAAUAAUUUGCCACCUAAAAAGCAAUUCACGGAAAAAACUAGCACAUCCGCAACGCCUGGUGCAACGGCAGGCUCUUCAGCAGGCGGAGGACAACAUUCGCUUGAGUUGCUACUUUACAAACGCGACUUGAAUGAGGAUUAUUCCAAAAAUAAUCGUUUAUGUUUAUGGCGAAAGGAUGAUAAUAACUUGUUGCAGAAAUAUAUACGUGUAAAGACCGCACCGGAGGAGCUGCUCUUUACAUCCAGCUCCGUGUAUUCAAGCUGGGAUGACAAACGCUUGUCUGACUUUGUAAGCAUCAAAGUAAAAUGUCUGGAUCCAAAUAAUCGACGCGUUAAAAUUAUGGACACCACUGAGCUAAACAAAUUAGUCAAGGAACAAACGAAAAAUAACGAACAACGGAAGUUGAAUAAACGAAAAGACAAUGAUGGCGACGAUAGUGACGAUGAUGGUGCACUCGAUAAUGACGGUAACGAUGAAGAUGACGAUGAAUUGGACACCGAAGAUGAAGAUGAGUUGGAGUACGGCGAAGCAGCCGCAUCGAAAACCCAAAAAGCCACCAAAAAGCCGUUACAGAAAAGGGCGCCAACCAAAAGUGGUGUGAAAAAUUUAAAACGAAGCGAUAGCACUGAUGAAAAUGAUAAUGAGGAAGACGACGAAAUCGAUGAGGACGACAUUGAUGACGACGAGGAUGAUGGCGAUGAAGAUGAUGAUGAGUAAAUGUGUAUGUAAAAGAAUGUAUGAAUUAAUUAACGAUAUAUAUAGUAAUUAAGCGAUUUUAAUAUUGAAUUAGUAGUGAUUAGUAUAGAGCGGGUGACCAAGAAAGCGACGAAGAGAACUUACACUUCAGCAUUUCAAGUUAUUUAUUACUGAAACUAAAUGAUUAUACAGCAUGUGUGUGUUAAUUUAAUAAUUAAUAAUGAUAUUAGUAUAGAAUAUCGUCGCAGUGCGCAACGCAGUCGCUCCUAAAGCUUAUUGGGCUGUUUAGGCUGCACGCAAGAGAGCUUUAUUGUGGCAAUUCUCGAGGUGGCUGCCUUGCGAACUCUGACUGCUUUAAAAUAUCAACAUUCAUACUUACCAUACAGACGAGUACUUCUAAGUAAAAUUCAAGCCAAAUCAAAUCGUAAAUAUUAACGAAAAGUUUUAUUAAAUAUGGAGUAUAAGUAAAGGAGGCUAAAUACUAGACUAAGAUUUGUGUGAUCAACCAUUAUAAAUACUAGGACUUACCGAAAUCAAUAGAUGCUUAAUUAAGUUUACGAAGUCGAUGAUAAAAGGCGGAAAUUUUGCCAAAGUACCCAUAAAAUUAAAUUUAUAUGCAUGCAUGUAUUUACGACAAGUUU